AUUGAAUUAGUAGCUCAGUGAAACUACUCUGAGCCCUCAUUGGCUACAAACACAGCUUCAUUUCCAGCGUCGGCUCUGAUUGGGCUCUGACAUAUGUGACGUCUCCUUACAUCGGAAGUGAACACAAGAAGGCAACAUGGGGACUCGUUUGAAGGUUCUGGGCGUUUUUAAAACGCUACACAGGACCAGGAUGGCUGUGUUCAAAGAUGAUCACAGAGCACUGACAGCUGCACGAUUAAAGAUCAAUGAGGAGUUUCGGAAAAACAAAAAUGAAACGUCAGAAGAAAACAUCCAGAAGCUGAUUAAAGUGGGUUCAGACGUGGAUAUCGUCCUUCGACAGAGUGUGGUGCAAAUGGAACAUGUAGCAGAAAAUAGGCUGUUGCUUCGACCCAGAAAGGACCUUCUGCUAGAAAACGUCCCCUAUUGUGACAAACCAAGGGAAAAGUCGUGACAAACCAUUUGAUAACUUCAUGAUCACCAGGAAAGAGACUAUAUAUUAUUUGUUGCCUUUAAUCUUCAGUUUGGAUUUAUAGAAGGAGCAUUAAAAAAUAAUAAAAUUAAAGAUCAUCUCCACACUUUUGAUUCAGCGAGGAUCUACUUCUUUCUGUUUCAAGGAAUCUGUGCUGGGAAAACUGGAUUGUGUCAUUUCGUGUACAGCAUGUUAUCAAAUGUAAUUGAAACAUUAUCUGCUGGCUUCUUCAUAUGAUUGAAUCACACAAAGCGAACAUAUAAAUUUGCUGGUACUGUAAAAAAUGUUAACUGUUAUCUGAUUAACUACAUGUAUUUCCAGAGUGUCCCAGACUUAAUUUGUUGUUACAACCACAGACAAAAAAUCAGCUCUGCUUUAAAGCUGCAAAAAAAAUUAUCUGUGAAAACCUUUGUAUAAACCUCUGUGUGAAAUGUAUCUGUAAUAAAGGGUACCGUAAUUUAAAACA